GCGGGCGCGGGGUCUAGCCCGGAGCGCGGGGACUGCGCCGCCGCUCGGGCUCCGGCUGCUCCGCGGGACUCGGCUCGCGGAUCCCGGCGGACCCAGCAUGGCGGUGGAGGAAGAGGGGCUCCGGGUCUUCCAGAGCGUGAAGAUCAAGAUCGGUGAAGCCAAAAAUCUUCCCACAUACCCGGGGCCAAACAAGAUGCGUGAUUGUUACUGCACAGUGAACCUCGACCAGGAGGAGGUUUUCAGGACCAAAGUCGUGGAGAAAUCACUCUGCCCUUUCUAUGGAGAGGACUUCUACUGCGAGAUUCCGCGGAGUUUCCGUCACCUGUCCUUUUACAUUUUUGAUCGAGAUGUUUUCCGGAGGGAUUCCAUCAUAGGAAAGGUGGCCAUCCAGAAGGAAGACCUGCAGAAGUACCACAACAGGGACACGUGGUUCCAGCUGCAGCACGUGGAUGCUGACUCCGAAGUGCAGGGCAAGGUCCACCUGGAGCUGAGGCUGAGUGAGGUCAUCACCGAUUCCGGUGUUGUCUGCCACAAACUGGCCACGCGCAUCCUCGAGUGCCAGGGCCUCCCCAUUGUGAACGGGCAGUGUGACCCCUACGCCACCGUGACCCUGGCGGGACCGUGCAGGUCAGAAGCGAAGAAGACGAAGGUGAAGAAGAAGACCAACAACCCCCAGUUUGACGAAGUGUUUUAUUUUGAGGUGACCAGGCCCUGCAGCUACAGCCGCAAGUCCCACUUCGACUUCGAGGACGAGGAUGUGGACAAACUGGAAAUCCGGGUGGACCUGUGGAACGCCAGCAACCUGAAGUUCGGGGACGAGUUCCUGGGGGAGCUGAGGGUCCCGCUGAAGGUGCUGCGGCAGUCCAGCCCCCACGAAGCCUGGUACUUCCUUCAGCCUCGGGACAACGGCAGCAAGAGCUUGAAGCCAGGGGAUCUGGGCUCCCUGCGCUUGAAUGUGGUCUACACGGAAGACCAUGUUUUCUCCUCCGACUACUACAGCCCCCUGAGGGAACUGCUGCUGAAGUCGGCGGAUGUGGAGCCUGUCUCCGCAUCGGCGGCCCACAUCCUGGGCGAGGUCUGCAGGGAGAAGCAGGAGGCGGCCAUCCCGCUGGUGCGGCUCUUCCUGCAUUACGGCCGGGUGGUGCCCUUCAUCAGUGCCAUCGCCAGCGCCGAGGUCCGCAGGACCCAGGACCCCAAUACAAUCUUCCGAGGGAACUCGCUGACAUCCAAGUGCAUCGAUGAGACGAUGAAGCUGGCAGGCAUGCAGUACCUACACGUCACCCUGAAACCCACCAUAGAGGAGAUUUGCCAGAGUCAUAAGUCCUGUGAGAUCGACCCCGUGAGGCUGAAGGACGGCGAGAGCCUGGAGAGCAACAUGGAGAACCUGCGGCAGUUUGUGGACCGCGUGUUCAGCGUCAUCACCAAAUCGGGGGUGAGCUGCCCCACCGUCAUGUGUGACAUCUUCUUCUCCCUGCGGGAGGCGGCCGCCAAGCGCUUCCAGGAUGACUUGGACGUGCGGUACACAGCUGUGAGCAGCUUCAUUUUCCUGCGGUUCUUCGCUCCAGCCAUCCUGUCCCCCAACCUCUUCCAGCUCACGCCCCACCACACGGACCCACAGACGUCGAGGACGCUGACCCUUGUUUCGAAGACCAUUCAGACUCUAGGCAGUCUGUCCAAGUCCAAGUCUGCCAGUUUUAAGGAGUCCUACAUGGCUGCAUUCUACGAAUUUUUCAACGAGCAGAAGUACGCUGACGCGGUGAAAAACUUCCUGGAUUUGAUCUCAUCCUCCGGGAGGAGAGACCCCAAGAGCGUGCAGCAGCCCAUCCUGCUUAAGGAAGGGUUCAUGAUUAAGAGGGCACAAGGGAGAAAACGAUUUGGGAUGAAGAAUUUUAAGAAAAGAUGGUUCCGCCUGACAAACCAUGAAUUUACCUACCAGAAAAGCAAAGGGGACCCGCCUCUCUGCAGUAUCCCCCUCGAGAACAUCCUGGCCGUGGAGGCGCUGGAGGAGGAGUCCUUCAAGAUGAAGAACAUGUUCCAGGUCAUCCAGCCCGAGCGGGCGCUGUACAUCCAGGCCAACAACUGCGUGGAGGCCAAGGCCUGGAUCGACGUCCUUACCAAGGUUAGCCAGUGCAACCAGAAGCGGCUGGCCGUCUACCACCCGUCCGCCUACCUGAACGGCCACUGGCUGUGCUGCAGGGCCUCCUCGGACACGGCCGCGGGCUGCUCCCCCUGCACCGGCGGCCUCCCAGCAAACAUCCAGCUGGACAUCGAUGGGGACCGUGAGACCGAGCGCAUCUACUCCCUCUUCAGCUCAUACAUGAGCAAACUCGAGAAGAUGCAAGAGGCCUGUGGAAGCAGAUCCGUGUAUGACGGGCCAGAGCAGGAGGAGUACUCCACAUUCAUCAUCGACGACCCCCAGGAGACCUACAAGACGCUGAAGCAGGUCCUCGACGGGGUCGGGGCCCUGGAGCAGGAGCAUGCCCAGUACAAAAGGGACAAGUUCAGGAGGACCAAGUACGGAAGCCAGGAGCACCCCAUUGGAGACAAGAGCUUCCAGAGCUACAUCAGGCAGCAGUCUGAGACCCCUGCCCAUUCCAUGUGAAGCCUCUGCACAAGCUCUCCCAGGAUGGCGGCCUGAGCUGCACCAGAAGAGCCGUGCUGGGGGAGGAGAGAACCAGACCAGAGGGCAGCUCGUCGGACCUCCAGCUCACGAACUCCUGAGGCUCCCGGGCCACCUCCGGGCGGCCGUGCACUUGGUCACGUUGGUGGCAGAUGAGCUGGCCCUCCCGGAACACGGUGCUGGCAACACCACAGCCUGCAAGGCACGUGCCCUUGUCACACGCACGUUUGUCUCUACGGCUAAGGCUCUGCUUCACCUGAGCGGGGACGUCCUGAGCAUUACUCUCCUGUGAGCCUGCUGUCCGGGCGGCCACCAGCACAAGGCCUCCGGUUUCAGCCUUGACGUUGGUGUUACCCCUGGCCGGAGGGUCAGAGCCACACGGAGAUCCCGGCUGGAGGAUGGCCUCGAUCUUCGGGGGCAGGGGUCCUCUUGCAGAGAUUUCCUCGGGGUCCCAGCCUUCAUUCCCUCCGUGCUGCUGAAAUGCGUCCACCCCGCUGCCACAUCAAGGAAAGCUGCGUUUGCUGUCAGUGGGGCUUAAAGUAGAAUGCCACCCUGGUGGGAGUUUGGGGAAGUUUGCAAAAAUGGAAAUGUGCAUUAUUUUCAAGCUGUUUUUCUUAAUGUUUUUAAAGAACCAUUUUAAAUUAGCUUUUUGAUAUAAAGUGUUAAUAACUUGGAACAUCCAAGCCUCUACCAUUCAAGGGAGGUGCCACCUUAGGACAAAAAGGGAAUGGGGGUGUCUCAUGGGGGACAAAGCCUCAACACAAGGCCUCCAGUUUCAGCCUUGACAUUGGUAUCACCCCUGGUCGGAGGGUCAGAACCACACGGAGAUCCCAGUUUGAAGACAGCCUCGGUCUUUGGGGGCAGGGGUCCUUUUGCAGAGAUUUGGUGACAAAAAAGGGAAUGGGCGUGUCUCAUGUCAGCGAGUCAAGUCCCCAAGAGAAAAGGGAGGGGGAGCCACUGGGCCAGCGCUGGGUGGCCUCGGGAACAGACACCUGGCCUGGGCAGAGCUGCUGCCUCUGAUGCCCUGAGGUCAGCCAGGCUGAGCCUGAAUUUGGAAAGCCCCAUUAGGACCCCUAGCACCCGGUACCCUGUGCCUGGAGAUCCAGAUGGCAGAUAGAAAUGUUACCAGUUGUCACAAAUGGUGAAAGAAAAUGUUGCAAAAAAGAAACUUGCAUCACACAACUAUUAGGCUGCUCCAAACAGCAAUUUUUAACAUGAAUUUGUAACUUAAUGUUUCUAAGAUACUAAUGAUGUGCGAUGUAUUUUACUGGCUAAUUAAAACAGACCUUUUAUUCUU